UUAAAAUGUUUAUCUGGAAAAACCCAGUUGGAUAAGUAACAUGUACUAGAUUCUCCCAGUAUCAAAGUUGUUCCUUCUAAGUCAUGCACCUGCAUUUGAAUUAUUAGUCCCGUGUUUCGCAUUGAGACUUCUAGCUUAUUAGGGUUACCUUUCAUUGUUUGCAUCUUUUGUCACUAAGGAUUUUUUUGCUUUGUUUUAAAUUUCCUGAUUAGUAACAAUACUAAAUGCAGCAUCUUUGCAUGAAUAACAAAGAAAAAGAUCACCAAAAAUUGAUUUACAAGAGUUUCAUUGAAAUAGUCAAAGCAAAAAGUACGAAGGAAAAGUCUCAGUGUUUCCAGUUAGGCCACAAAAGGAAAAGACAAAUAUUUUCCUUAAAACAUCAAAGUCACUAUAUAAUUUCAUUAUGGCUAGGAUCAAUAAUGUCCAAUGGCAAUGUCACUGUUGUGACGUACAGCGCUCAGCAAAGCGAUUCCAAACUUCUCUAUUUCUGUGUGGCAUCUUUAAACUUGUUCGACUCUCAGGAGUCCCAGUGCCAUUUCUCUGUCGGGGCUCUGCAGGACGAAACAAUCUCUGGAGUCCGGGUCGCUUCCGUUAGUCUCUGGCUCAUCCAGUUCACAAUAGCAGUGAUUCCCAGACUGUCUCAACAAUGCAUACCAUUUCUUGGCACACUUAACACUGAAGGUGAAUUCUCCUUUUUACAAGAAAAUUUUGGUGGAGAGCUACCCAACAAGGAAAGGACGUGUGGCUAUUAAGAUAGACAAGAAGAAGGGAGGCAAAUUCCAGCCCUUUAAGAAGUUGUUUGGCAAAAGGAAAAAGAAAGAUACUUCAUUGUCCCGGGAGGCGUUCACAGGAAAGAAGAGUCACUCUCCCCAGAGUGUUAGCAAUGGGACCUUCUCUUCCGAUGAGGAGACCCUGGAGGACAAUCUAAGGUCCUUCAACUAUUCUAUGGGAACCCGGGCGUUGUCCCAUGACAGUAUUUUUAUCCCUGAUGGGGGAGCAGAAAGUGAGCAGACAGUUCAAGCAAUGUCACAGGACAACAUCCUGGGCAAAGUCAAAACUCUUCAGCGACAGUUGAGCAAGAACAUCAAGUUUGGGCAGCCACCACCCAAUGCCAUUCCUAUGAAGAAGGCAGACAGUGGAGAGGCUGGCUUAGAAGACCUGUUCCUGACCAGUCCCAUGGAAACUGCGGCUCAGCAGGACGUCCUCCUCUCAGAUACCGAGAACAAAUCUAGUGAUACGCCAAGUUCUCCAAGGCCUCUGAAUCUGCCUGGAACCAGAAGUGAGAUGGAAGAGAAGGUGGCUCCAGUUAAACCAUCUCGGCCAAAAAGGCACUUCUCUUCUGCUGGCACCAUCGAAAGUGUCAACCUGGAUGCCAUCCCCCUGGCCAUCGCCCGCCUGGACAACAGUGCCGCCAAGCACAAACUGUCCGUUAAGCCAAAAAACCAGAGGGUGUCAAAGAAGCACAGGCGACUUGCCGGGGAUCGACCAAAUGAACACGGUGGCAUUGUGCAUCAGCUGUCCCUGGACCAGAACGGACACCCUGGAGAAGACAAGCCAAUUUGGCAUGAAGAGGAGCCAGAGCCACUGGACUCCGAGGAGGAGAAGAGACGCCAAGAAGAAUACUGGCGAGAACUUGAGGCCAAGUGCAAACGGCAGAAGGCAGAAGCAGCCGAGAGGAGACGCCUGGAAGAGCAGAGGCUCCAGGCCCUGGAGAGGAGGCUUUGGGAAGAGAACAGAAGGCAAGAGUUCUUGGAGGAGGAAAGAGAGGAAGAGGAGGGAGAAGAGAGGGAAGUACAGCUAGAGGCAGGGAAGAGGGAGGGCGAAGAAUGGAGGCCGAGACUGGGAGAGCAAGGUGGUCAAGGCCAAGAGCAGAGGGAGCAGGAGGAAGGAAGUCGCCUAGGGGCCGAAGAGCAGAAGUGCCCAGAGGAAGAGGCUGAGCAAGCAGAGAGACUCGCACAGCAGCCAGAGCUGGAGGCGCAGAGCAGGCAGGAGGCCGCGAAGCAGCGGCGGGAAGAAGAGGAAAGAGAGUUGGACGAGCUCAGAAGACGGGAGGACGUGGAGGCACAGAGGCAGCAGGAGGCCGCGAAACAGCAGCUGGAGGAAGAAGAGAGGAGGCUGCAAGAGCAGAGGCGGCAGGAGGAAGAAGAGAAACGGACGAAGGAGCUCAGAAGGCAGGAGGAGCUGGAGGAGCAGAGGCAGCGGGAGGAGGAGGAGGCAAAGAGAAGGGAAGAGCUGAGAAAAAAGCAGGAGGAAAUGGAGGCGCAGAGAUGGCAGGAAGCGGAAAAGGAGCCUCAGGAAGCCCCGAGACUGGAAGGGGAGAGUCAGCUGGAGCUGGAUGACCAAAGGGGCGUAAGGAGCCUGCUUCAGACUGACUUUGCAGAGAAGCUGGAACAAGAACACCUGAAACCUGAGAAGCAGAGAGGAAACUCUGAGGAACCAAGUGUUUGCGAGAAGCAGAGCCCAGAGGCUGAGCCAUCAGGAGAGCAGCAGGGUGACUUUCUGGGGGAAGAUCGUUAUGCACAUCAGGAAAAGAGAGAAGAACGUGACGUACCAUUUCCCCAGAAACAAGAGAUGCAAGUGGGAGAGACGCUGGCUCCAGUGGAGAGGAAAGAAGCUGCCCCUCCAGAAAAGGACAGAAAGGUGGAAGAACUCAGGUGGCAGGAAGUGGAUGAGCGGCAGACCAUGCCCAGACCCUAUACUUUCCAGGUGUCGUCAGGAGGGAAACAAAUUCUCUUCCCCAAAGUCAACCUGAGCCCAGUGACAGCUGUGAAAGAUGCAGGACUAGCCUCUGCUCCCCAUGAGCCAAUGGCCCCCAAGGCCAGCCCAACCGCCCACGCCCUGCCCUCCUCCCUGAGCAUCCCCCACACGGCCAUUCUGGUCACGGGAGCACAGCUUUGUGGCCCAGCCGUCAACCUGAGCCAGAUCAAGGACACAGCAUGCAAGUCUCUCCUGGGUUUGUCAGAAGAAAAAAAGCACGCGGAUGUCCCCGCUCUAGAGAACCCACCCCGAGCUGCCAUCGACCCCCGGGCAGGCAGCGGGAAGGCCCGGCCCCACCAGGAGUCUCCAAGCAGCGUGGCUGCACUGGCCGAAUGGGCUUCCAUUCGGUCCAGAAUCCUGAAGAAUGCAGAGAGAGACCAGUCUCAGCCUGGUGAUGAGCAUACUCCCAGGGGCCGAUGUGAUUCCCGAGGGAACCUCCGCAAGACCCCGCCAGUAAAUGCAAAGUUCUCUAUUAUGCCCGCCUGGCAGAAAUUCUCUGAUGGGGGCAUAGAGACCUCCAAACAGAACACAGAAGCGGAAAGCAUUAGAAAAAGACCCAUGCUGGGUGCCAGCGAAGAGACAGCACCCCCGCCCCUGGCUGCUGAUAGCCAUGAGCACCGGAAGGGCGCCGAGAAACUGGAGGUGCACCAGGGGCCAACAGGUACCACCGAGGGAUGCAAAUUUGCCAAAGACCUUCCAUCUUUCCUUGUUCCAAGCCUUCCUUAUCCUCCGCAGAAAGUGACAGCCCAUGCAGAGCCCGUGACCACUUCAGACGGUGAGACCACCAGUGGCACAGGAAAGCCAGACUCCGUAAUGCCAGGUGGGGAGGAAAAAGCCUCACCUUUUGGAAUAAAGUUGAGAAGGACCAACUACUCCUUGCGCUUCCACAGUGACCAACAGACAGAACAGAAAAAGAAGAAAAGGCACAGCAGCACAGGGGACAGUGCUGAUGGGGCGCCACCUGCAGCAGGGAGCACAGAUGGAGAGAACGAGGCAGAGGUUGUGGCCCUCAAGCAUGGCCCGUCCGCCCCCCCAGAGAGGAAACAAGCCCCAUCCACCUGGAAGGACUCCGCUGAAAGCCCUUCCAGCCACUCUCCUGCAGCCCAGCCUGGGCCCCCACCUGCCAGCAGCCAGACCCCAGCUCCAGAGCAUGACAAAGCAGCAAACAGAAUGCCAUCGGCACAGAAACCAGCCCUGGCGCCCAAGCCCACCGGUCAGACCCCGCCGUCCUCCCCACUCUGCAAACUGAGCAGGCCCUACCUGGUAGAGCUGCUGGCUCGCCGGCCGGGCAGGCCUGAUCCGGAGCCCAGCGAGCCUUGUGCUGACCCCGCGCUGCACUCACCACCACCACCGGCUGAGGAGAGGAAGGCUCAGAGGAGGGAUGAGGAGGAAGAGGUGGGAACAGACAAGAAACCUGCUUCCCCAGCUGUGUUUGCUGCCCAGCAAGAGAAGUCUUCCCAAGCACCUGAGGCCGGGUGGAAAGUCUUUCUUCCCACAGAAAAGCCGGUGCUUCAGAGCAGGCACUCUUUAGAUGGCUCCAAAGCUGUGGAGAAAGUGGAAACCACGCAGCCACUGUGGAUAACGUUAGCACUGCAAAAGCAGAAGGGGUUUCGCGAGCAGCAAGCUACUCGAGAGGAGAGGAAGCAAGCCAGGGAGGCCAAACAGGCGGAAAAGCUCUCCAAGGAGAACGUCAGCGUCAGCCCACAGCCUGGAAGCAGCAGUGUCAGCAGAGCUGGUUCCCUGCACAAGUCCACUGCUCAGCCAGAAGAGAAGAAGCUGGAGACGACAGUGUCCAGGCUCGAGCGCAGAGAACAGCUGAAAAAGGCCAACACUCUUCCCACAUCUGUGACAGUGGAGAUCUCUGAUUCGGCUCCCCCAGCGCCACAGGUGAAAGAAGUCACAAAGAGGUUUUCUUCCCCAGACGCUGCCCCCGUGUCAACAGAACCAGCCUGGCUGGCUUUGGCCAAAAGGAAAGCCAAGGCCUGGAGCGACUGUCCACAGAUUAUUAAGUAACGAGUGACUCUUGUCCAUUCUUACUGCCAGCUACUGGCUCCUCUCUUGCCCUUUUUAUUUAUUUAUUUUUUAUAUGAGGUAAAGAAACCAAGCUAGGGAAAAGAAGCAUGUUUUAUAGGCUCUAAAAUAAUAUUUAGAAACUGAACUGGUGGUGUUCCUUGUAAAGAGUGUAUUUGCACAACCCUAGGUCCUGGUGCCUUGAGCUCCUCCUCGUUUGAAAGAGAAAAUUCUGUCCGAGGGACCACAUGAAGCAGUCUCCAGACUAAGAAGCCCUCAGGAGAGCCUGCCACCCCGUCCUCAGCCCCCACAUACACACCCACACACCGUUCAGAACAUGUACUUUUGCCAAUCUCGGUAAUGGUUUUUUUUUGAUUCUCUACUUCAAUUUCUUUUCUCCAAAACAUUUACCCUACCCUAUAUUUGGGGAAUUUCUACCUUUUUCUAGAGUACUGGUGAAAAGAUCAUACAUAGAAACAAGAAUGCCCAGUCUCCUGAACGCAGUGAGUAACUGGGAAUGGUAACUGUCUGGCUCCCAACUCUGUGCUCAUUUCUAAUUUUCAUGAAUUUUCCCCAACCUGAAACUGUGACACAGCAAAUCCAUUCACACUUCUGCCGCACUGUGGGUCUACAGGCUCUGCUACACCAGCCCUCUCCUUAAGGACAUGGGAAACAUUUGGCCCAGCUGGCUCCUAGGGAACAUUUUUAUUUAAUAUGGUAAAGAAAGGAAACUACAAAUUCUCUUUCUGUCUCUGAGAAUCCCUAUCGAGUGCAGUUUUUCUUAGGAUGUCCAGGUUCCAUCCCAGGCCUAGUAUGAGGACAGUAUUUUGCCGGAAAUGCAUAUUCUGGCAAAAACUUUUCAGAUAAAUUCUGAUACAUCCCAGAAGUUGAGAAGCUUGGGAUAUACUGCUUCUAUUGUAAUCUAGUUUUUAAAACUCUGAAGGGGAGACAUUUCAUCCAAAGAAGCAAAAGUGAUACAGGAAAAAUAAUAAAACAAUCCCCAAACCACCUAUUUAUUACAAGAUACAAGAGGCUAUUGACAUUACGUCUGAAAAUUCGUUGCUUUCUUUACCAUACUCGAGUAAUUCAUAGAGUCAAUAGCAUUUAUAAUUUAGCAUUCACCUUGCUACCUUUAAAAAAUAUCAGUUUUAAGUGGCCUUGUUAUCAUACACGUUAUACAAAGAAGGGACUUGGCAAUGUAAAAGCCACAUAUAUUCACUUAUUUCCCUAAAUUUGCUGUACAUGAAACAGACAAACAGCAAACCCACACAUUGCUGGUACUAACUUUAUAUUUCAUGGUGUUGGCAUAUUCCCAUUUUCUUAGCUUCUGAUUCCAAAAUAUAAGUACAAAGCCUUUGCCCAGUGCAGGAGAAGUUACAUCCUUUUUUCCUCUCCUAUAAAAACACAUUUUAUUAGUAUGCAUCAUUAUUUUCCUUUAUGCUCACUCAAUAGGCAAUGUGCUGUUAUUCUAUCAUUUACCCUAAAGAAAAGAUGACAGCAAAGUUAUUUACCAUAUAGAAGGCAUUUUCUUUCUGGAAAUGAUGUCUCAGCAUCAUGAUAGCAGCUGGCAUGUGUAGUCAAGUGGAUAGUUGUACUCUUACAAGUUGGAUUUAAUAUUAUAUAUACUGGACCUUCAGACUGUUAAGAAUCAGUGUAACUUUGAUUUUUUUUUUAUUACUAUGGGAAGCAAUUAAUAUUCCACUGCACAUUUUCCAUCCUGAUGUUCAUUUCUAAAUCAAACACAUAGGUAUUUGUUAAUUUCAAUGAUUUCCUCACUAAUAUAACUACCUAGAGCCCUGGAAUUAUACUGCUACAGUAAGUCUUCUGAGCUGACUUUUCCCUUCAUUCUGUUAGCUUUGGAUACUGUCGUAGUAAUGUCAGAGAACAAGCAAAGAAAUCAGAUGACUGACAAACGGUAGAUGACCACUCUGUCCUGGCUCACCUACCACCAAGCCCCUACAAAGGAGGAGAAAUACCUCAGUUAAAAGGUUGCCAUCAGAAUCUUUAAAAGAAGAUUAUACUGAGGAAAGCACAGUCAUAGAACUUAUUUCCAACAAUUUCUAAAGGCUACAUGUUUAAUAUUUCAUGUAAAAAUUACUCCAAAUUUGCACUAAAUACCAAUGAAGUGUUAUUUUGCUUUAGUUGCUUUGCAGUCUUUUCUGAUCAACAAACUAUGGGGGAAAUUCUGUAAAAACAUAAAUUCAAGACUUUUUUUAAAAAGAAAUGAAUGAUUGCUCUGUUAAAUACUUUUUUUUAAAUUAAAACAAACAUACACUUCUCCUGGCAAGGUUAUAGAUGAUUAAAUUCUGUUCAUAGACUUACAUAUAUAAAACUAGAGUUUUUUGUUUACUUUUUAAAUUUUUCAAGUGCAAUUGUUUCUUACACAUUAUUAAAUUAUCAUUUUAGCCAGUUAUCAGCAAAUUGUAGUAUGUAUUCAUUGUCUCUUCUUGUGACGUUUAGUUUAAUUGCUUAUUUUAAAGCAGAAACAUUAGAAUUUCAAGUGUCUUGCAAUAUUUUUACCAACAAUAAAAUUAAGUAGACUUAACCAUGAAAAUACCUUAGUGUGAUUUUAAUAUUAUUUUGAGAUUUUGGUUGUAUAAAGUUUUAAUGUAAAAUGUCCAUUAUUGAAGGAAAAAGAUCUUUCAAUAAAAAAUACCUACCAGAUCUUUGGCACUGAUGGAAUUUCCUUUUCACAUUGAUAUUUUUACUAAUUUCAACCAAGCUCAGAUUUACAUAGCUUUUGUUGACAAAGAAAAAUUUCAAGGCAUUUUACAUGGUGCCUUAUAUUUUUCACUAGGUGUUUUUGGAGAAAAAUAAUAGGGGCAAAUCAAAUGUUUAUCUCACUCCUAAGUGGGAACCUAAUGGUCUUUGUCUCAGACAAUAUGAUCCUUCAACCUCCUUACUCAUCGUGUGGGCCAUGGAACAGCAACAUGUGCAUGAGCUGAGAGCAUGUGAGAACUGCAGCUAAGGGCCCCAGGCCAGACCUACUGACUCACAUGGCUGGACUAGGAUGGAGUGAUGUGAGUGAGAUACUUGCCUCAGAUGCAAAAACUCAGUAAUAGAGAUAAAUACUGUUUUGGAUAUGGAUCCAAGAUGACAGCUUGCCCCCUCCCUAGAAUACAUCAAAUUUACACUUAGAGCAAUGCCUACCGAGAGACAACUGAGGGCUAAUUGAACAGCUUCUGCACAACAGACAAAAGAGAGAGAACACAUGGAGAAGGAUGGGGACCCAUGAGAACUCUCCAGGACCAGAGGAGCCGUGAGCACCAUUGUUUACAUUUCCCCAGCACCUGGAUAGCAGGCAGGCGCUCUAUCCAGGUUCGCUGACCUGCAGGACCACCGUAGCGCAUCCCUGGCCACUCCGCCCAGAGCUAGGUCCAGCAGGAUCAGAAGGGUGCCAGAGCCCUCACACAUGGGCCCCUCCAUCUGGAGAUUGAUCUAGUGGGUAUGGCAGGGCACUAAUGCAUGCACCUACUGGACUGCACACGCACUCAGGUUACCCUGCCUGGAGAAAGUGCGGAACUAGCAAAACACUGUGGUACUUGCACGCAGAGCUGCCCUGCCAGGACAAAGUGCACAGCCAGUCAAGUGCUGCGAUGUGUGCACACAAAGCUGCCCUGUCCGCAGUGCAGAAGUAGUAGGGAGCUGCAAUACUCAAAACUCAGAGCAGGCCCAUCCAGACCAGGCUCAAGCAACAGACAAAGCAACAGGGAGAUCCGCAGGGACACCAGGCAGCCCCACCCAAAUCGGAAGGAAAAGGAAGUGCACACACCAGGCUGCCCUGCCUGGAACCAAUUCCUUCUGGCCCACCAGGCAGCACAGUAAGCACCACACGUGCCCAGCCCAACUUCACCCUACCUGCCAAAACCAUUCAGCACAGUCUACACAAAAGCCACUUUUUCAAGAUUGUGAGAUAGCCAUUUCGUCUAACUCAUAGGGACAAAGAAACUCAAACAAAAUGGAGACAGAAGAACAUGCCCCAAAUGAAGGAACAAGAAAACACACUAGAAUCCUAAAAUUUACCAUAAAUUUUAGGAACCAUAAAAGAC